AUGUCAUCAAAGUCAAAAUCAAAGACAAAGUCAAAGUCAAAACAGAAUAAAGAUGAUUCUCAACUGAAGAACAACAACAGCAACAACAAUAAUAGAGUCGUUAAAAACUUUUUACCCCAAGGUAAAUAUUUAAAACCUGAAGAAAUCGAAUAUGAAUUCGGCGGGGUACCAGGUGUUAUUGGUAUGCUAGUUGGUUUCCCAUUGUUAAUGUAUUACAUGUGGUUAUCUGCCGAAUUUAACAAUGGUAAAUUCUUCAGACCUUUACCAAAUGAAUCAUUCAUGGAUUUCAUUCUAAAAUUAUAUAAUUUAUUCUUGAACCAUGGUAUCCCUUCAAGUUACUCCUGGUUCAUCUUCCUAUUAUUUUGGUUAGUUCAAAGUAUCUUUUAUGUUACUUUACCAGGUAUUUGGACAAAAGGUCAACCUUUAACACAUUUGAAAAACAAACAAUUACCUUACUACUGUAAUGCCAUGUGGUCUUUAUACGUUUCAACAACAAUUGUUAUCGUUUUACAUGUUACAGGAAUCUUCAAAUUAUACACAAUUAUCGAUUUAUUCGGUGAAAUUAUGACUUGUGCUAUCAUUUCAGGUUUCGUAUUCUCAAUUGCUUUGUACUUAUGGACUUUAUUUGUUACUCACGAUUACCACCGUAUGACUGGUAACCAUUUAUAUGACUUCUUCAUGGGAGCUCCUUUAAAUCCACGUAUUGGUUUAAUUGACUUAAAGAUGUUCUUCGAAGUCAGAUUACCUUGGUUCACUUUGUAUUUUAUCUCUUUGAGUGCUUGUUUCAAACAAUAUGAAACUUACGGUUAUAUCACCCCUCAAUUAGGUGUGAUCAUGUUGGCUCAUUGGUUAUACGCUAACGCCUGUGCUAAAGGUGAAGAAUUGAUUGUUCCAACCUGGGAUAUGGCUUAUGAAAAAUUCGGUUUCAUGUUAAUCUUCUGGAAUAUUGCCGGUGUCCCUUACACUUACUGUCACUGUACUCUGUUCCUACAUUACCACAACCCAACCGAAUACCAAUGGCCAAUUCAAUACAACAUUGCCUUAUAUGUCACUUUGUUAAUCGCCUACUAUUUCUUCGACACCGCCAAUGCUCAAAAGAACGCAUUCAGAAAGCAAAUGGCUGGUGACAAGACCAUUAGAAAGACUUUCCCAUUCUUACCUUACCAGAUCUUAAAGGAUCCAAAGUAUAUGGUCACCGAAAAUGGUUCAUUAUUAUUAAUCGAUGGUUGGUACACAUGGGCUAGAAAGAUUCAUUACACUGCUGAUUGGACUCAAUCUCUAGUCUGGGCUCUAGCAUGUGGUUUCGACUCCUACUUACCAUGGUUUUUCCCUGUCUUCUUCUUUGUUGUCUUGAUUCAUAGAGCUACUAGAGAUCAAGCUAAAUGUAAGAAGAAGUACGGUGACGAUUGGAAAACUUACUGUAAGCACUGUCCUUACUUGUUUAUUCCAUACAUCUUAUAG